ACCAGUCCCUCCAUCCUGCCGCGGAGCCGGGGAGCGUGGAGCCGCGCAGAGCGCACACUGACAGAGAGCCACAGAAGAUGGACGGAGUGGGAUCGUUCGGAGCGGGCCGAACCGGGACCACCGUGGACCCGAUCACGUUCGCUAAACAGCCUCAGACUAUCCUGAGAAUUCUCUCCUGGAUAUUUUCGCUGGUGGUUUUCGCCUCUAUUGUGAACGAGGGUUAUGUUAACCUGGGCAGUGAACGCCUCCACUGUGUUUUCAACAAGAAUGCAGACGCCUGCAACUACGGCGUGUUCGUGGGCCUGGUGGGCCUGCUGGCAUGUUCUUUCUUCUUCCUGCUCGAUUACAAGUUCUCUUCCAUCAGCUCUGUCAAAGAUAGGAAGAAGGCUGUGAUGCUGGAGAUUGGCUUCUCAGGUUUUUGGACCUUUCUGUACUUUGUAAGUUUCUGCUUCCUGGCCAAUCAGUGGUCUCGGACCAAAGCUGAUGAUCUGCCUCUCAACCAGGGGGCUGAUGCAGCACGAGCAGCAAUCGCCUUCUCCUUCUUCUCCAUAAUCACAUGGGCCGGCUUAACCGUGCGUGCGGUCCAGAAGUACCUUCUGGGAACAGACAUGACCCUGUUCACCACUGAGCACAUGGACGGCGGCGCACCAACCCAGCCGUACCCGUCCAAUUCACCAGGAGGCGCCCCAACCGACACCACAGAGGCCUACCAGAGCCCGCCGUUCACCGAAAACAACACAGCCCCUACAUACCAGGUUCCUAUUUACUAGGACAGACAGAUGUGUUGAUGGAAGAGACGCAGAUAAAAGAAAAUUGUUUUCUUGUGAUUUCUGUUUCAAGUAAAGUUGUUCUUGAGUCGACCCGGGAAACAGUUUUCAAUAGCUGUUUAGAAUAAAGUCGUCCGGCCUCUGCUUUCUUGUUUCCUCCUCUCGUUUCCUGCCCCUCCUGAACAUUCCAGCUUUAUCUGCCUUUUUUUCUAGACCUGCAGAAAGGAUAUUCCUCCUGCAUCGGCGCAGAUAAAUCAAAAUCAAAACUAGAGGAGGAAAAGUGAAAGAGGGAGGUUCCUUUUGAAGUGUUCAAAAAUCAUUUUGUUCUGAACAAAUUCCACCACAGUGGUUUUAAACAACAGUGAGCAGUGCAGGGAGUGUUCUCUUAUAGCACUUUGGUCUUAAUUCUUUUCAUUCAUUCAGGUGUCAGUUUUCUUGCCAAACACUGGGAAUGAUCUUGUUUUCAUUCAUUAGCAGCAUAGAUAACUCCUCCUGUGUUCCCAGUUGGUGAUCAUUUGCAUUGAAUCUGUAUGUUUCCAAACGUAGAGAUCAAAUAAGUGCCAUAUUCUUACCGUGUGUCUGAGGACGUUACCGAGUUCGGUCAGUUUUCCACAUGCUGUACACAACUGCAAUGUUUUAUGACAGAGUGCAAUAUUUCAUAUUCUUGUGUACUGUAGGCAGGCAGGCAGGCACUGUACUAAAGUGAAGACAUUAUAAUCAGAGCAGGUUGACUCCAGGGUCUGUCUCAAAUGACACAUUUCUUAAAAUCACUCUCAUUCAAAUA